UUUUUAUUAUAUAUAAUAAAGUAUCCACAUUGAAUAAACUAUGUCCAAACAAUUAAAUAGUGUUGGUGUGCUUCCAAUUUUCACAAACUCUACUGCUCAAACCAAUCAAUCAUCAUAUAUAUCACCAAACACAUAAGUUCUUUUGUGUUGGAUUUCUAAUUUCUAAUUUCUCCCUCUAAGAGACAAUAAACACAAGUUUAGUGUUUGUGGUUUGUCUUGGUACAAAAACAUGGGUAGAAAGUGCUCACAUUGUGGAAACAUAGGACAUAAUUCAAGGACUUGUAAUUCUUUAAGAGGAAAUAAUAGUUUUGUUGGAGUUAGACUUUUUGGUGUUCAACUUGAUUUAUCAUCUUCUUGUGUUUCCAUGAAAAAGAGCUUUAGCAUGGAUUCUUUUCCUACUUCAUCUUCUUCUCCUACUUCUUCCUUUUCUUCCUCAAGAUUAAACAUUGAUGAUAAAACCUCUAUUGGUUAUCUUUCAGAUGGUCUUAUAGUUCGAACACAAGAAAGGAAAAAAGGAGUUCCAUGGACGGAAGAAGAACACAGAAAAUUUCUUGUUGGACUUGAGAAGCUUGGAAAAGGAGAUUGGAGAGGUAUCUCUAGAAACUAUGUGACUACAAGAACACCAACUCAAGUUGCAAGCCAUGCUCAAAAGUACUUUAUUCGACUUGCAACUUUAAAUAAGAAGAAGAGACGUUCUAGCCUCUUUGACAUGGUUGGUAGCGGCAAAUCCAAAUGUGAAGCUCAUGAAAAGGAUAAUGCAACUUUGUCACUACUAAUAACCUCACUUCAACAACAAACCAAAUCAACUCAUGAGAUUGAAGAAGCUGAAGAAACAGAAGAUGAAGUUGUGCCUGAUUGGUUACAUCCUCUAACAAAGUCUUUAAAUAUGACAUUGGUGAUACCAAAUUCUUCAAAUUCAACAACACCUGAGCUUGAGCUAAGUCUUGCAGUAAUUCCUAAGUCAAAUAAGACCAUGGAACAACAAGAUAAAACAUCUAAGAGUUCAUUUCUUAAUGGGCCAAUUAGUGUGACUUAAUUACUUAGAAUAAACUAUAUAUAUUAUAUAAAAAAGUUUAUAUAUGAGAGGUGUAUCUUAAUUUUUUGUUUCAUUUAUUGUCGACUAUAUAUCAACUCAUGCAGAAGAAUAUGAUCUAUUGAUCAUAGAAACAUAUAUAUUUUUCUUAA